AUGAAACAUCGAUUGUGCAUGUGGCACAUCAUGAGAAAAGUACCUGAGAAAGUGGGUACAACUUUUGGUAAUGUCACUGACUUUUUGAAAGAACUUUAUGCUAUUGUUUGGGACAAGGAAAUUGAACCUAAUCAGUUUGUUGAUGGUUGGAAUACCUAUGCACAAAGGCAUGAGCAAGAUGAACAGAAUAGACAGAACAAGCAUAUGCCUAAACUGAUCACUCCAUUAAAGUUAGAGAAGCAUGGUUAUUCAGUUUACACUCGUUCUGUUUUCUAUGAAUUUCAACAAGAAUCCAAGGCUGCUUAUUUUUCUUAUGGUGUUGAGAGCUGUAAUUCUACUUAUGGUGAUGGAGUUGAGUUUUCCGUUGUUGUAGAUAAUGAACGUAAAUCAGUAUCUGAAAUCCCUAAACAUUAUGUUUUGAAUCGUUGGAGAAAAGAUGUUAAGAAGAAACCUACAUCAGCGGAUGAGGCUUCUAACUUUGACAAAAAAAAGCAACUAAUCUUUAAUGUGUGGUCGAAAAUGUUCUUCUGUGUUAGUCUAGCAAAGGGUUGUGAUGAUGAUCUGUCUGAUUUUGUUAAUUUCAAAGAAGGCAAAGAAGCUAGUAUCCAGCUCUUUGUUGGAUCUAAUGUUGUUGAUGUAGAUAUCUUGCCUCCAAGUCAAUGCCUCAACAAAAGGUCUACUAGAAGUUAUAAACGCUUGAAGAGUGUCAAAGAGGUUCAAGUGGAAUAG